AUGAUGUGAUUGGUGAUGCUGAUGUGUUUUUGAGAACCAAGUGAAUUAUUAAAAUUAAAAAGAAAUUGAAAUAUAAAUAUAUCCAAUUUAAUUUUCGUAAUAAUUGUUUGGUUUAUAAAGUUCUGGCUUUUCUCCUCUACUCCUUUUUUGUUCAUAAUUAAAAUGGGAUUCCGCCUAUUUUUCGGCGUAGUCGCCGCACUUUUUAUUUUUCAAUGUGUUUUGGGUGAAAAUAAAUAUUCCCGAUCUGCGAAUUCCAAAGAUCCCGAAGAAGUAAACUUCAGAAAGUUGGAUAAACCAUUUAGAAUGAAUAAAUUAAACUUGCUUUGGACUAAGGCUCAACAGCGUUUAACAGAACCAAAGUUAAAGUCCUUAUACAGUGAUCUAAUGAUUCAAGACAAAUUGGAAUUAACAUAUAAGAGAAUGAAGAGUGAAGGAGGGGAUAAAGAAGGUUUGAAGGAAGCUGAAUUGAGAAGGAAACUUACAACUAUCAUGAGCAACUAUGGACUUCGAGAGCAUUUUGAAGAUAACUCCAUGGGCAGGCAGAAACAAGAUCCAUCAUACAACGCAGCUUCCGACAGAUAUAUAAACAAGAGCCUGUUCAAAGACAAGAAAUUGAACAUGUUAUGGGCGAAAGCAGAGGCCUCGGGCUUCACUAGUGAAGAGUUGGCUGCUUUGAGAGAGGAGUUUACUCAUCAUCAAGAAAAGAUCGAUCAGUACUACGACUUGCUGGUGAACAUGGAGGCUGGGGAAACGGAUGGAUACAAGAAUGCAGUGAAUGACGAGGAACUUGAUAAAUUCAAUGAAAUCAACUAUGUGAACGACAACGGGGAGAACUUGACAAAGGAUUACAUAGACAAGUCCAACCUGGUGCGCGACAAGCACAGGGGCUUAAGGGACGGGUUUGACAGGCUAGAGAGGAUUGCAGCUAGAGGACCAACAAACAAAGAAUUCAUUGAGCCCAAAGUGCAAGGUCUGUGGAAAAUGGCUACUGCUGCUAACUUCACUGUUGAUGAGUUGGCUUCAUUGAAGGUGGAGUUGCAACAUUACGAGUCGCGACUUCUGAAGUUGCGCACAUUGCACGCCGACCAUGUAAGCAAACUUGAGAAACACCAUAGCAAGGUGGCAGCCACGGGCGACAAGAUGGAUCACUUCGCAGACACACAACAAACUAUCAAGAAACACACUUUGAAAGUUGAAAAAAUGCACGCAGAUCUUGAAGGAAGGAUUUUGGCCAGACAUACUGAAUUGUAGACAUAAAGAGUAGCUGUUUUAUGAAGUUCUAUUAAAUGUAUAGAUAUGUGAAGUGUUGUGUGAAAUUAAAAUGUUUAAAAUUAAUUAAUAUCGUAGGUAAUAUACUAUCUUUACGUAUUUAUGGAGGGAGUUUGAAGAAUCAAUGAUGCGUGACGUCAUUAAAUGUGUAAAACAUUGUUUAAUGUGGUAGCUUAAUAAAAUUAUGAACUUAUCUAGUUUUUAAGAAGUAAUAACAUAAUGUGAGUGUCACAAAUAAUUAUGUGGUGUUUUUGUUACUGAGUAACUUAAAAAAUUGAAUCACAAUGAAUUAUAAUUUACUUUCUUCCAGUCUUUAGUUUAUAGAA